UCACCUACCAACCAGACCUUUUAUCCUCCGUACCGCAACUCGCUUCAACAACUUCCCUGGCAGACGCUCUCUCCCACUUGCAAACCGAUCGAUCCCCUUAGACUCUUUGGACCCCGCGGUCUCUCACCAAAGUUCUCCACGACAUUACGCGCCAGUCGCAUCUCGAGACACCACCACCCAAGAGCAUCCAUCUUGUACGAGGCCUGACCUGACGUAACCAAAAUCUCAACUUUCUGCGCCUGUUUUGCGCACCCAUCUUCACCAUGGCUUCGGGACACAACGACCCCAAGCUCCUUUACGCCAUCAAUGGCGUCCAAGCCUUCCAUAUCUCCAAUGGCAAGGAGGAGUCGCUCACACCCGCCGGGCCCCAGACCUUGUCGCUGUUGAUGGUACCGACUUCUUCACCCUUCACCGACGCAGACUCCCCCGCCGAGGACUUCUACUUGCACCUCCAUCUACCUCCCGAGCUCGAUCUUCCUCUUCCUGCGACAACACAGAUCUACCACCAGCCGCCAACAAGCUACCUGAUUCCAAGAUGGGAUCUGGGCCCAGACAGUGGCGCUUUCACUCGUAUCGAGUUCCCCGACACUGGUAGCCGGAAAGGACUGCAGGAGGAUGUCGACACCUUCGAAACGAUCCUUGCGCAAUGCACCGCUUUCCUCGAGCGAGCCCCGCCGCCAAAGACCUCCUCCAAAUCGGCCAAAGCCGCCGCCGCCGCCUUCGCAUACCCCUACGAUGACCCCGUUACCGAUCGUCCCUCUGCCAAGUCCAGAGCUGCCGCCGCCGAUGGCCUCCCCGCCUACAACCCGGCCGACUACCAGCCCGGACAGGGCUAUGCUCCGGGGGCCCACAGCUCUCAGCACAAUGGCGGCCGGAUUGUCCUGAUUGACGAAGAAGACGGAAGUGUCAUUGGGGAGCUGACUGAGAACUACCAAGUCGUAGAGGAGCUGGGCGUCAAGCCUGGAACAAAAGGUAAGUUUGGCGGCACCUCGGCCGAGCUUGACUCACAUGGCAUGCUAGAUCCGGUGGAGAUUACACUCCCUGCCGACAACAGCCAAGCCAUUACCGUUCAGCCCGUGUCGCAGGAGUAUCGCGAGAUGAUUAUGCACCCAUCGUACAAGAAGUCGUUCUUGGUGUCGAAUGCUUCAAAAGCGUCCCGACUCAUUGUGACAUCGUCGGACUUGAUCACAAAGGGUUUGCAGUCCUCGGCCGACAAUUUCACAAAGAAGACGAAGGCGACGACCGAACCCGUGACGUUUACCCCUGCCGCGCACGACCGUGUACGACGCAUCAACCAGUUUUCCAGCAAGGCGGCUGGUCUGUCGGCGACCACGGUUGGUGCGGUGGGCAAAGUGGCCCAAAACCUGGGCGCCACCCUGGCUAGAAAGAAGGAUGGCAGUGGAAGAGGAUACGAUAAGGAAGGCAACCCCAUUGAGGGUUACAAGCCUGGCCUGCUGAACAGAAGCUUGAUGGCGUUUAACACUGUUGCGGACGGCAUUGAUCAAGCAGGACGUAAUCUGUUGACUGGCACCUCAUCCAGCGUGUCACAGAUGGUGGAGCACCGUUGGGGUGCCGAAGCUGGUCAAGUAUCCAGGAACAUUGGCGGCGGCUUCAAGAACGUUGGGUUGGUGUACAUCGAUGUGACUGGUGUAUCUCGCAGAGCAAUCCUGAAGAGCGUAGCAAAGGGUAUGGUCGUCGGUAAGGUAAAGGGUGGUGGACAGAUCAUCGUCGGAGGCGGCGAUGGCGGAGCAGUGGGUUAUCUGGAAGACCAGAAAACUCGCAAAGAGGACCAGAGCGAUACGGCCAGUAUGUACACGGCAUAUGAGGGCAACGGCAAGCAGCCAGCUGGCAAGAGGCCGUGAGUGUGCAUUGAGGGAUAAUUGUUCUGCUUGAAAUAGAGGGGACCUGUGGACAUUUAAGAGGUACUGAGUUCAGUGUUGAAAGACUUGGAACGAAGGGAUGGAUGGUGGGCCACUAUGCAGUUUUGUCCAGCCAGGGCGUAUUCAAUACGA